UUCAACUUCCUUUAUUUGCGUGGAAGUUUAAAAAAAAGAAUAAAGUCACGAAUUCUGCAAAGAAAUUGAAUUUAAUUAAUUUUACUGAAAAAUAAAGCUCUUAUCAACAAACUAUCGAUGGAUGCUCAUUUAGGAUGUGAUUUUCUCGAUCACCCAGUAUCGACAGGUACGACUAUUAUGGCUGUUGAAUUUAAUGGUGGUGUCAUCAUUGGAGCUGAUUCCAGAACAUCAACUGGAUCUUAUGUAGCAAAUCGUGUGACUGAUAAAUUAACAAGAAUUACGGAUAAAGUUUAUUGUUGUCGAAGUGGAAGUGCCGCUGAUACGCAAGCUAUAGCUGAUAUUGUAUCAUAUUCGACAUACUUUUAUGAGAAUCAAAAUAAUAGAGAUGCAACAGUUCCAGAAGUUGCUGCUGAAUUCCGUCGAAUGUGUUAUAAUUAUCGUGAUUCUAUUACAGCUGGAAUUAUCGUAGCUGGAUAUGAUGAUGUUAAUGGAGGUCAAGUCUUUUCAGUUCCUUUAGGUGGAAUGUUGAUUCGUCAAAGUUGCACAAUCGGUGGAUCUGGAAGUUCAUUUAUUUAUGGAUUCGUUCGGGAAAAUUAUUCCGAGAAUAUGGAGAAGGAAGCUUGUGUAGAGUUUGUAAAGAAGGCAGUAUUUCAUGCUAUGUAUCAUGAUGGCAGUUCCGGUGGAGUUUGUCGUAUUGGAAUCAUUACUAAAGACGGCAUUGAAAGACGUGUAUUCUUUGCACCAUCAAUUGAUGCUAAGCCUGCAUUGACUCCAAUUGCUGUACGUUAAAUACAUACUCUGUAAGAAUAUGCUUUUUUUUGGUAAAAGAUAAUAAAAAUAUUUCUCAAUAAUUCAAUUCCUACAUAGA